AUGUCAGCGUCUUCAGAUAGCAAAUCGGCGACUGCAAAAAAUGUCGACUUGGUGGAAAUCGAGUCUUGGAACUCCAGUACUAGCGGAGAAGAAAGAGGAGUUCUUGAAUAUGAUAGAACUCUUUUAAGACAGGGUCUUCGUCAAAGACAUAUCCAGAUGUUGACGUUGGUGGGAGUGUUUGGAACCGGUUUAUUCUUGUCUUCUGGUGGUACUUUGAAAAAAACUGGUCCCGUUGGAAUGCUUAUAGGGUAUGUGUUGGUGGGAAUAGUGGUUGGUUGCAACCAGGUUGCAAUUGCCGAGGUGGCUUCUUUUUUGCCUGCAACAGCUGCCACGGUUCGUCAUUCCGAGCAGUUUAUCGACGAAGCCGUGGGUUUUGCCUUUGGGUGGAUUUCGGUUUAUGCUGCUAUAAUGCCGGCGGAGCUUUCUGCCACAGCAGUUGUAAUGACAUACUGGACAGAUGUAAGCCCAGCAGUGUUUAUAACAGUGUUUGGAGUGUUGUUCAUUCUUACCAAUCUCUACUCGGUUCGGUUUUAUGGCGAGAUUGAGUACUUUUUUGGGUGGUUGAAAAUUAUCUUGAUUGUGAUAAUCAUCAUCACCAGCUUGGUGAUAGUGUGCGGAGGUGGUCCCAAUCACCACGCAAUUGGGUUCCAGUACUGGAGAGACCCCGGACCAAUUGCAGAAUACAUUUAUACUGGUGCAAGAGGAAGAAUGACUGGAAUUUGGUCUGCCAUCUCGUCAAUUGUAUACUCUUAUGGCGGGGUGCAAAAUAUUGCAAUUUUGGCUGGCGAAACCAAGAAUAGUAGACAUGCGAUAUUUCACGGUGCAAAGAACAUCUUUGUGCGUAUUAUCACCUUGUACCUUAUCACAGUCUUUUUCUUGACCAUGAUAGUUCCUUACAACGACCCUCGCAUUGCAUCCGGAACCGGAACCGCCCAAUCAAGUCCUUUUGUCAUUGCAAUCAACAAUGCCAAAAUCCACGUUUUACCGCAUAUUAUCAAUGCUAUCGUCUUGACCUCGGCUUGGUCCGCUGGAAACUUGAGUAUGGUGGAGGGUUCUCGGAACUUGUUCUCGUUGGCUGCAAAAAACCAGGCUCCAAAGAUUUUCUUGAAAACCACCAAAAGAGGAGUUCCAUACUAUGGAGUUGCGUUUGUGGCUAUAUUUUUGCCCUUGGCAUACAUGUCGGUUUCUGCCACUUCAUCGACCAUUUUCAGCUGGUUCCAGGGCUUGACCUCUUCUAAUUUGCUUUUGAGGUGGAUCUUGAUUUCCGCGAACCACAUUCAUAUGGACAGAGCAUUAAGGGCACAAGGUUACACCAGAAAGGAUUUACCGUACUCCACAAGAUUCGGACCCUUCGCAGCGUGGUUCUCCGGAAUCAUGUCAUUUGUCUUUUUGAUCACAGGAGGAUUCACCAACUUUAUUCCCGGCCAGUUCAAAAUCGAGUCUUUCUUCACCAGCUACUUUAUCAUUCCGUUGUCCAUUGGUUUGUUUACAUUCUGGAAACUUUUCAAGAAAACACGCUACUUGCGUCCGGAGGAGGUGGAUUUGAAGUCAAUCUUCACUGAUAUCGAAGAAAACCCUGAAGAUAUUCCUGAGCUGAACUGGACCUGGAAAAACUUCUGGAAGGUGCUUGCUUAG